AUGGCACAUGUCGAUAUUUUCUCGUUGUUGCAAGUGAUAGACAACCUAAAACAUCUAAAAAGGACUGGCUGGGUGCAUCACAAAGUCCCGGAGCCAGAGACGGUAGCUAGUCACAUGUACAGGAUGGCUGUAUUAGCUAUGACAUUGGAUUCAAAAGAAGUUGACGUAGUUAAAUGUGUUAAAAUGACAUUAGUUCAUGACAUUGGCGAAGCGAUUGUUGGUGAUAUUACUCCGAAGUGUGGUGUGUCUGAUAAAGAAAAGUUCAAGUUGGAAGAAGAGGUAAGUUUUCUAUCUAUAUUACUGCAAAGCUUUUGAGAAAAUAGUAUCAAAUAUAUAAAAUACUUCAUACAAAAGUUUAUAGUACAGUAGAGUUUAAAAAUACAGUAAGUUAAUCAGUCCAAUAUACUAAAAAAAUAAUUAAGAAUCUUUGAUUUUUUUAUUAGUGUUGGUAAUGAAUUAGUCUACCUUUUAUAAUAGUUCUAUGAAUUCAAAAAUAGUACUAAUCUGUUCAUGAAACUGUGGGAUUAGUACAUCAACGCAAUCUUUUUGUCAUUUAAUGAUAUAUUGGUAACAGCACAUAACAGUGCAUAAUAUAUAGCAAUUUUACGGAGUUGCAGUUAUUUAACACAAUAAAUAAAACAUUUUUUUUAUCACCUUAUCUUUUUCAAAUGAAAAAAGUUCAAAUUAAAAAUAAUGUUAUGGUAUUCUUUAAUGUUGAUGAACAACAACAGAGUCACGCUUUUUGUUACAUACUAUGAUGUUGUAGGCAGUGAAGACAAUUGCGUCGUAUGUUCCAUCGAUGAAGGAGGAAUGGUACAAUCUGUGGAUGGAAUACGAAAAGGCAGAGACAAAGGAGGCCAAAACCGUCAAACAGUUGGACAAGUUUGAUAUGGUGGCGCAGGCUCUGAGUUACGAACAAAAGUAUAAUCUGGAUCUGAGCGACUUCUUCAGAUCGACGGAAGGCAUCUUCACUUCAGAACCCUUUAUAUCAUGGGACAGAGAGGUUAGACAGAAGAGAAAGUCUAGUUAA